AACAAAAACUUGCUGGUUGUUUGAAAAUUUUUCUUUUUCAACGAAAGUUGAGGAAAAUUGUUUGAAAAUCGGGAAAUUUUUUCUCGUUUUUCAAUAAAAUUUAUUAAUUUCUGAUUUGUAAAAUGAUGUAUAGUUACGUACUGUCAUAAUGCAGUACAAUACGUAAUAAUUCGUUCGUGCAUCUGUGUACUCUGCGACGUUUUGCUGAACGAAGUUUGGAGACUCUUCAAGUAUCAUUCAGUAUUUUGAAUGAAACCAAAGUUCUCAUCUUCGUCGAUCAUGGAAUUCAUUUACGAAAUAGUCGACACCCAGACUUGCACAGAUGAAGAAUCCGUUGCUUGUCAGAACGAACUACUCCAAAGUCUAUUCAACGACGUUACCGAUCUAACGAAACAUAUACUUCCCGAUAUGGAUGAUUCAGUCUACGAUAUUAUUCACGAAAACGAACCCAUUAAUGAACCAAUGUUAGUCGAACAGGUCGAAAGUGAACCCAACGUAAUAGAAUCCUACGAUGCUGAAAAAGAAACCGAACUAUUCGUCGAAGAAAUCGAAGUAGACGAUCUGCAGGGUAUAAAAGUCGAAAGCGUUUACCAGUGUGAUAUUUGCGAGCAAAAAUACGACGACGAAGAAGACCUAUUGAAACAUUUCGACGAUUAUUUAAAAUGCGACAUCUGCGAUAAGAAUUUCUGCAAUAAAUUGCUCCAUAAGCUGCAUCUAUCGACUCAUAACACCGAACUGUACGAAUGCGACGAAUGUCAGGCUAUAUUCAGCUUACGAGAAAAUUUAGUAACUCAUAAAAAAGCUCAUAAUAACGGCGACAUUGACGUACUGAACGAAACACCGGAUUCGUACGUAUGCAAAUUAUGCCAUUUCACGUUAUUCUCGCCAUCCGAAUUAAAAACCCAUUACAUGACGCAUAUAAAGAAAAAUCGAAGAACUUUGAGACUCUACGAGUGUGCUUAUUGCGGUAAAUGUUUCACCGAUAAGAGCGCCUUGACGAAGCACAUCUUAGUGCACACCGGUGAAAAACCAUUCCAGUGUAAAUACUGCUGUAAACGGUUUCGGCAAAAGGGUUACUUAGAGUAUCACGUUAGAAAUCACUUUGGAAAGAAUGAUUUCGAAUGUGAUACUUGCGGAGCUCAUUACAAAACCAAAUCCAGAUUAGUUGCUCAUAUUAAAACUCAUCUUUACGGUAAACAGCACGCUUGCCAUUACUGCGGAAAAUACCUAAUGUCUCGAAAAACCCUACAAGAUCAUUUGAAAAUCCAUACGAAGGAAGGUUUACUCCAAUGCAACAUCUGCAGCAAAACGUAUCUAUCGCUUAAUAAUCUUCGUAACCAUAUUCGUAAGCAUAAUAACGAUAAACCCUACUCGUGUCCGCAUUGUGAUAAGAAAUUCAUCGAGAAAGGUAACAUGAAACGUCACGUAGAGAGACAUUUCCAAAGCAAAGUCGAAUGCGAAUAUUGCCAUAACGAAUUCGCCGUCAGCUAUUACCCGGUUCAUCUACGUCUUCAUACCGGUGAGAAACCGUACCAGUGCCAAUAUUGCGAUAAACGUUUUACUCAAUGUUCCGGUCUUAAAGAUCACGUAAUGGUUCAUACCGGUGAAAAACCCUUCGAAUGCGAAUACUGUUCGAGGAAGUUUGCUUAUAAAUCUCAUCAUAAAAGACACCUAACAACUCAUACCGGACAAGGAGCUUACCGUUGCGGAAUCUGUGAUAAGACUUUUUUCACCAAGACUCUUCUAUCGAACCAUACAAGAUCGCAUACCGGUGAGAAACCGUACAGUUGUUCGGAAUGUGGCAAAUUUUUCAGUCAGAAUUCCAAUUUAUUAGCUCAUUAUAAACUACACACCGGACUCAAACCUUUCAAAUGUGAUCAGUGCGAGUUGAGGUUUUAUACGAAAUCUAAACUCAACUAUCAUAGCAGAGUGCACGGUAAUGAGAAACCGUUCUCGUGUACUUUUUGCCAGAAGACAUUUAAACAUAGGUCUUCGUUGAAUGUUCAUAUUAACGCUCAUACUGUAUCUUGCAGUAUUAAGUGUUCGGCUUGUAAUAAGAGUUUUUCGUCCAGGUCUAAUCUCAAUAGGCAUAUUACCAAGCAUAUGGUAGAAGAACAUAUAUUUAUCACUGGUUAGGUGAUUUAUGAUACCUAAAUGGUUGUUUGUUGAAUUAUUCAAUAUUUUCAUAUUCGAUUCGGUUUGAAACUUUGUCAACAUUUUGUGAAAUAUUUUUUUUUCCGAAAAAUAUACCUACCUAUGAGU